UCACUCACUUACCGUGACAAUCCAACCAAAACUUAAGCCAAGCUGAGCUAAGCUAAGAAACAGACAGACAGACAAAGAGAGAGAGAGAGAGAGAGAGAGAGAGAUAGACAGACACGAUCGAGUCUACGAAGGUGCUUGCAGCUGAAGCAAUUGACGUCAAUCGCAGUGGAUGGGGCGGUCUGGGGCUGGGUCGUUGUCGAUGACGACGCAUGAAGCGGAAUGAGAGAGCAACGAGCCAAGCCCUCCUACAUUGACAUGGUAUCGCUAGACGCGGAAAGUUAUGCAAUCCAUCGAGCCCACAAACUGCGCUGACGGAGUCGCUGGACCACCUCCAGUCCGGUGACGACGGUGCCUUUUGAACAGUUCAAGCUGUUGCUGCCCACCCAGCCUGAGUGAGACCCGCCAAAUCUCAUGCCAAGUCCCCGUGACGGGGAUUCGUGUGAGAGCCACAGCCAUCGACCAUAGCCAUCGGCGCUGGGUACAUAUUGCAGCACCUCAUCCAGCGAACUGUGCGCACACCGCUCCUUCGUGUCCUUGAGCCUUCCAAUUCUCCCUCUCACAUUGCCAAAGCCAUUUCAUUUCCCCAUCUGAGGGCUCAUUGUGGGUGUGGGUUUGCUGGGAACCCAGAGGGUUGCUUCGAGUGGCGGAGCAUCUGGGCCUCGCAGUUUCUUCUCUGAUGGUUGACUAGGAUUCCUGGAGUGCAUUUGAUGAUGCAAGGUGCAGCUGACUUAUUGUAGUUUUCGGUUGUUUCGUUCCGUCGUAUUGGUUCUUGAUUUUCGGAGCGGUGGCUGGAGGUUUUGGAAUAUAAGCGCAACGAGAUGGUCUCGCAUUCGUGACUGCCUAUUUCUCCGAGGGGUUUGUCGCACGCCGGCCGAAGCACAUCAUCCUCGGGAAAAAAGAAAAAGAAGACAAAAACAGUCGCACUGAAUUGUACAGCAGUGACCUUGGAAGGACGUUCUCUGUUGCCGUGAAGCGAUCUGUGUGGAGGUAGCUGUAAGCUUUUGGAGAAGAAUUCAUCUUUUGUUUGAAAACGGGACAAGAUCAGGCGUAAUUGCAAUUCGAGGUUGUUAAGAGCAGUGUGCUUGGUGGUUAGGCGGGAACGAAACUUCCUAGGGCAAGGAGGAUUUUCCUCAGGGGGUUGCGCUCCCGAUUGGGUGAAGGAUCACUGGAAGGACAGAAAUUUUUGUUCUAGAUUUGUUUUUCCGUUUCUGAGGGACUAUCUAAUUACGGCUACCGUGGAUUGACAGCCAGCGUGGAGGACAGGCGCGACCAAUUUCGGCUUACAGAGGCAGAUUAGGGUGAUGCACCGACGAUGCAAGAUACUAGUAAAGACAGGUUUGAAUCACAGUUGCACGUAGGAAUGGAGAUGCCGUUGCUGGAGAAGUGCGUCGUGUUUCAUCGGGGGUGAUGUUCAUUUAGAUCACGAAAAGAAUCAUGGUUAUGGAAGGGCAGGUUUGAAAUUCCGAGUUGUGGGGCGAGGUGAAAAGGUGGUAGGCUAGGUCUCGAAAUAAUCCAAGCUACGAUGGAGCUUCAAAAAUUGGCCAGCAUCGCGGGAGUCACGGCGGAAGUGAGCUACGACCGGACUGACGAGGGGAAGGAAGGGCUCGCGGCAGCCAGGGAGAUGGUGGGCAAAGAAUCGUCGGACUUGUGGGGAAGGGUGAAGAGGAUGUCGGUGCGGGAUUUGGCGAGCAAGUUUGAGUCACGACAAGCCGCCGCACACGCAGCUGCUGCCAGGCUUGCCGAAGAGCAAAAAGCAAAAGAAGUGGCUCUCCUUGACAAACCAGCGCUUCUGAAAAAGUUGCGUGGGUUGCUUGGAGACCUUUUGGGCCGUGUUGCGGGGCGGAGCAAAGAUGAUGUCACUGAAGCUCUCAUCACAGUAGACGCAGUGGAAGCUCAAUGGACACAACAGGAGACUGAGGCUGUGCAGGAAAGAGAAGAGUCGAGGAAGCUCGCUGCUCUUUUCCAGAAGGCCUCGGAGGAUGCUAAGAGUAUCAUAGAGAAGGAACGGCAAGAAGCCCAAGCUGAGAUCGAGGCUGCACGGGUCACUGCGCUUCGUUGUCAACAAACGUUGGAAGAGCAGGCUCACACUUUGAGUCAAUCCGAGCAAGAGGAGCUGGCGGAGCUACGACAGGAAAUUAAAGAAGCCCGCAGAAUAACGAUGCUGCACGCGCCUAGUAAGGUUAUGGACAUGGAGUAUGAGAUUGCAGGUCUACGACAGCAGCUCACUGAGAAGACUCUUGAGGUGGUUGCUAUUCGCAGAAAGAUGGAUGUUUUGGUAUCGAAUCCAGAAGUUCCAGCACACUUUGAACUUCAGGGCGAAGAGCGGCUUGGGUCCUCCCUGGUCACCGUCCCUGCUGAUUCACAUUCCCCAGAGCUGGGAAAAUGCAUAUUCCAGUGGCAUCGUAUGCAUGGAGCCAAGGCUGAAGCCAUCGUAGGUGCUACGAGGCCUCAAUAUGCCCCCGAGCCUCUGGAUGUUGGUAAAGUGCUCAAAGUUGACAUUGACCUUCCGGAUGGUAGUCGAGAGUCGCUUGCAACUUUGGGCCCUAUAGAUGGAGCUGCUGGACUAAGUCAAUACGUGGAAGCAUUGAUCCGGAAAGGAGGAGCUGAGUUCAAUGUUAGAAUCUUCCAAGAGAAUGGCGAACACGUUGUGAAGGCCACAUUUCAAAUGUUGGCUAUUGACAAGUUGCGUAUGAAGCUUUACAAAGGCCGCCAUAACCGAGCAAAAGAAGAAUACUCUUCAUCCAUGCAGUUGUGUGGUGCUCGAGGCGGGGGUGAUGCAGCUGCGCGGAGCUUGUAUUGGGUGGUGAAUAAGAGUCUUACCUUCAUGCUGGUGUUGGACUCGGAGCGGGAGCGCAACGCAGCGAUCAUGUUGGCGAGAAGAUACGCAUAUGACUGCAAUAUCAUACUUGGAGGCCCUGUUGACUAAUACCUCCACUGCAAGCUCGAUCUAGAGGCAAUAAAGCACGAUAGAUCUGUACAAAUCUGGAUUAGGGUAAGUUCGAACGACUUUUGCAACAUUCUUUCCGUGAACUGCUGUGGAGAUUCACAGCUAGUUUGUGAUGGUCAAUACCUUAGCACCCUAGAUACGCAACGUGGGUUCUGUGUCAAGUCAUCCCACCUUCGCGACCUCUGCAGUUGGGUUGGAGGACCUGAUUAGGGGACCUUGAAACCCGACAGAUCUUAUAAGAACCAGCGCUUGUAUCGUAGACCCUUUGGCUUUGCUCAAGGUUGGCUGGAGUGAAGCAUUAGAUAUUUCAUUUCAUUUCAUCAUAUCGCUGUUUGAUGAAGCUCACAAAUGCCACCACACUGAGGUCGGAUGGGAGGAGUUUGGAGGAAUGCAGGAGUGUGUUGGAGACGAUAAGAUUUUCUGGCGGCGUUGCCUCAAGCAGGGCAAGAUCAGCACUGUAUUGUAAUCCUCAUGGGACUUUGCUGUCCGUCAUGUUGCUCAGGCAGUGUCGGUCGAGGGAGUGUGUGCUUCAUUUAAUGAGGUUGUAGUCUUCCCAGAAACAGUAUUUAUAAAAACUAAUUGUAUAAGAAAAUUAUUACAUUAUUAAGUAAUUUAUUUUGAUUACCAAAAGAAUUUUUGAAAGA